ACCACAGCAGGACGAGAGGUGAAAAGUCAGGAGGACAAUCACCCGUUCUUCUGUUCUCAGUAACAGCAUGCUACUGAUCUUCAUUGCAUCUGCUGUCACAUUUUCAGCAGCAGAGUUCUCUGUAUUUGUUCCUAAUGGUUCAGUGUCAGAACGAAAGGGGUCAUCAGCUGUCCUGCCGUGUGGUCUCACUCCUGCCUUGAAUGCCAAAAUGUUUGAUCUUCGGUGGUACAAGAAUGAUUACAACAACCCAGUACUGCUGUACAAAGAUCUAAAGGUCCAGGAGAACCCUGGAGAUGCUCAGUACAGAGGCAGAGUGUCUCUGAUUGGAGAACUGGACAAAGGGAAUGUCUCUCUGAGACUGGAGAACCUCACCCUGGCAGAUGGAGGAGAAUAUGUAUGCUUUGUUAAGAGUGACAUUUGGUAUGAGAAGGCCAGUGUGAAUCUCAUAGUAAGAGUGCUGGGCUCUUUUCCUCUCUUCUCGCUGGCUGAAUUUGGAGAUCAGGUGAAUGUCUCCUGUGCAUCAACUGGAUGGUCACCAAAGCCCACCCUUACCUGGAGAGACAAACGAGGAAGAGAACUUGCAACCAGCCACAUUUAUUACAAAACUGACUCUGAAGGGUUGGUCAGUGUGAGCUCUUGGCUGCUCUUCUCUCCUUCAGAGUCAGAGUGGAUCUCCUGUUCUGUGGGUUUAUCUGAUCAGGAGAUGGUAGACAGCAGAGUGCAACCAGUCAAAGGGUUCUGGAGGAAGGCAUUCAUCUCAAUUCUAGUAUUCUCAUUGAUCAUCAUCAUCAUCCUCACUGCUGUUCUUUUAGAAAGACAAGGUUUACUACCUCACUGCUCAUUUCAGAAAAAGGCAAAGGCAGCAGUCAAAUCAGAAGAAUCCAUUCCAGCAGAAGCACUUCCUCUUACAGACACAAGCAAAAUAUCUGAAUAUCUGGAAAAUGGUGACUCCAUGAAGGAAAGAGCUUCAGAUUCUAGACCCCACACAGGCGUCAGCUCACAGUCCUCUGUACCUCCAGUAUCUGCUAAAGAGAGAUUACAGAUGUGGAAUAAGCUGAAAAAGCAGAAAGAGAAGCUCACUGUGGAUCCUGACACACGUCACAGGUCUCUGACAGUGACACGAGAUGGAACUGUCGGUGUGUAUUUUGGAAAACUGAGCUCAUCCAAAUCUGCAGACACAGUUCCUCCAUUUCCUCCUGUUCUGAGUAAAGAAGGGUUCUCUUCAGGACAAAAAUACUGGGAAGUUACAGUGAAUCUAAAAACUAAAUGUAAGCUGUCAUGGUGUGUGGGGGUCACUCAAACGCUCCCCAGUGAAGAGACCCUCACAGCUCUCUGUUAUGAAGAACACUGUGGUAUUUACCCCAGUACUGACCCUCACACUCAGAUACCUGCUGAAGGUCACGUUAAAACCCUGGGUCUGAUUUUAGACUUCAAACACAAAACUCUGUCCUUUAUUAAUGUAGAUAAAGAAUCUCAUCUUCAUACUUUUAGAAUGAGUAACAUGAGUAAAAAUACAUUUUUUGCACUAAUCAGUCCAGGAACGAAAGAUAGCUACCCUGUUAAGUUUUCGUAGUUAGUAAUGAGAUGUGAACUAAAGAUCUUCUCCAAGAACAGUGGAGCUCAUUCACUCACAGUUAAGAAGAAAUUCUUUUUAAAAACCACUCACGCAGAUUUCGCAAAGAUUCUGACCAAUGUUUUCUUGAAAGAGGCCCAUUGUCACAUGGUCUUUUGCUAAUCUUGUUAUAUUGCCAACUUGCUUGGGUGUAAGCAGUGGUGGACGAAGUACACAAAUCAUGUACUUGAGUUAAAGUCGAGACCCCCAAGGUAAAAUAUUCCUCCAGUAAAAGUAGAAGUUCCUCCCUUUUAGACCUCCACUUGAGUAAA